AUGGUCGCUUGCGGCCACGGCCACGCCUUCGCGCGGCCCGACGGCAGCAGCAGCUGCGCAUGUGCAUAUGGCUACGAAGGCGCGCGCUGCGACAUCGAUGCCCUCGCUUCGUGUUCGGCAGAACGGCAAGCAGCUGAUGCUGUUUUGCAUGCUCAAGGCAAUGUUGCGAAGACAAUAUCAGUGCGGACGUUCCGCUUUGGUUGGCACAGCGCGUCGUGGACCUGCGAUCUGCUCGCAUUGCUCGACGAGCGACAGAUCACGUGCGCCUGCCUUGCGGCAUGCGCAUCGUACAUCGAGCGCAUUCAUGAGCUCAUCUCUACCGCAAGCGGCACCAGCUUUUCUCAGCGAAUUGCACUCCGCGCUCUGCCGCAGUGCGCGCAGGGUGCAAUGUAUAGCGAGGUCGGUGCCAAUUUCACGGAACGGCUGCGCGCUAGCCUGGACGAGCCGGUGUCCACCCGCACGCGAAUGCAAUUGUUGUCGGAGGAGACGCACGUGAGCACCACCAACUGCAUCACCAACUGCUCGGGCAGAGGCACGUGCCGCGGCCACUUUUGUGAGUGUGACGCCGGUACGAUUGGCGCAAACUGCCGCAGGCGGACACGGCUGGAGGCGCGCCGACAUCCGCUUGAUGCUGAGCUGCGCAUUCAACUGCUCGAGAGUGUGCCCGCCGCCGCGCUGUACGAGCAGGCGGGACGGCAUGCGGCGGUGCGCCGUGGUGUGGUCAACUUUGGCAGCGGUGCGCUGCUCGACAAGCGCGCCGUCUACUGGGCGCAGUCCUACUUUUACGCUCACCUCGCCAGGGAUGUCUAUUCCGGAGUCCUCGUCGACGCGGGCGCGAGGAUGCUCCUCGCCAUCGACAGUGGGCUCAGCAUGGACGUCGCAACAGCCGAGCGCUGGGCGGGACGAAGCUUUGACUGGGUGGUGCUCCUCACCACGCUCCCGAGCGACGUGCCGCGCGCGCCGUCGCAGCCACAUUGCCCACGACCGCCUGCCGACACGCACCGCCCGCCAAAUGGUGCCUUCGAUCCGCGGCGCGACGUGUGCGUGCCACCAAACGACCCGACCGCCUCGAUGGGAAUUGACGACUUUCACGCGCUGCCUCCGGAGGAGCUGCCGAUGCCGCACUCGACGACACGGUCCAAGCUAGCGGCGCCACAGCCUCUGCCCAACCGCGCAGCCGCAGCCACGUCCACGGUCUUCGACGCGCAGUCCAAGGAUCUGUACGACGUCUUCUUUGUUGGUAAAGUGGGUGGCGAGGGGCCGCAGUGCAACCGCACGUGCACCGACAGCCUGCAGACGCUGCUGGCCGCGCAAGCGAGGGAUCGGCGCGCAUGCAGUGGCUGCUACUCUGGCGGCAUGCGCCAGUGGUUUUACCGAUAUUGGCACGGCAAGCCGCGAAUGCUCAUCGCUCCUAGCUUGUCCCGCGCCGUACCGUGGGACGCGCAGGCUCGCAGCAAGUAUUGCCUCGUCGCGGGCGGCGUAGGCUUUGAUAUGCGCCUCACCUCCUCUGUGUUGCGCGGCUGUGUGCCGCUGUGGACGAACAUGAGGGUUGCACCGCCACUCUUCCGCGUGUGGCGGCACGAGCGCCUGAUGCUGCUAUUUCAAGAUUCGGCGCACGACCGCGCGCGGCUCGCGAAGCUCGCCAACCUGCCAGCCUUCCUCGCGUGCUAUGAGGGCGCUAGGCCUUCUUUGCUCGCCAACUUACGCGACGCUUGGCCCGCGCUAGUGUGGGGCCCAAACGGCACCGCUUACGAGCACACGCUGCUCGAGAUUGCAAACGUGACUGGCAGCCUCGCGAGCGGCGCGCUCAGCCGUGUGCUCGCCGUCCACGGACCGCGGUACGUGGCUGAGGUGUCGCGCAUGCCGCUUGACGUCUAUGACGCCUCGAAGAUCCCCGGACUCGCGGAUGCGCGCGCUCUCCGCACAGAGCUCCGUCGCGUGGAUCCACUCGGCGACCAGCUCGAAAGCGCAGAAGCUUGUGCGGGGGCGCGCUGA